AUGGCAGGACACUUCCUACUUUUAAUGUUUCGACUCUCUUUGAUUUUACCUUUCAUUGUUCAUGCUCAGAACAACCAAUCAGGAUUCGUUAGUAUUGACUGUGGACUAGUGGAUGAACCAAGCUACACAGAUGAAACUACUUCCAUCUAUUACACCUGGGACGUUAAUUUCACAGAUACUGGUGUAAGCCGCAGCAUAUCGUCUAAACACAAGGCUUCCCUUGAAAGACAGUUCUGGAAUGUUAGAAGCUUCCCAGAAGGAACCAGGAAUUGCUACACUCUUUUUGUUUCACAAGGAAGUAGCAAGAAAUACUUAGUCAGGGCCAGUUUUGUGUAUGGUAAUUAUGACGGAAAAGACUCUCUUCCUGAAUUCGAUGUUUACCUUGGAGCCAAACGGUGGGAAUCCGUGGUGUUUGAGGAUUCAUCGAGUUUAAUAACUAAGGAAAUAAUUUACGCUGCUUCCUCGGAUUAUGUUCGUGUUUGUUUGUUCAAUACUGGAAAGGGUACACCUUUUAUUUCGGUCUUAGAGGUAAGAGUUCUUAACAGUGAUGCUUAUCUUGUUAACUCUUUGGAGCUUUUGGCAAGGUUUGAUGUAGGCUCACAGGGUGGUCCAAAAAUCAGAUAUCCAGAUGAUAUUUAUGACAGAAUAUGGACACCAUAUAACUCAAUUGACUGGAAAAAGAUAGAUACUUCGCUCACCGUAGUCCAAGAAGCACCUUCUUUCAAUUUCUUACCACUACCCCCCUCCGCUGUCAUGCGAACAACAUCAAUUCCAGAAAACGACACUGACAAUAUAAAGUUUUACUUCCUUCCCAAGUCUAAUGCCUCCAGAUAUUAUGUGUAUUUGUACUUUGCUGAAAUCCAAAAACUCGAGCCAAAUCAAAUUAGAGAGUUCAACAUUUUUGUAAAUGGGAAGCUUUUAAAUAAUGAUCCAGUCAACCCUUUGUACCUGCAGAGUCGGUAUUACAUAUCAUAUAUAAGCGAAAAUAAGUUGGAACUUUGGUUUAAUAAGACUAGUAGAUCAACUCUUCCACCACUCUUUAAUGCGAUCGAGAUAUACAUGACAAAGGACUUGUUACAAUCAGAAACAUAUCAAACAGACGUUGAUGCAAUCAUAAAUGUGAAGUCAAUUUAUGGGAUCAAGAGAAACUGGCAGGGAGAUCCUUGUACUCCUAUGUUAUAUUUGUGGGAAGGUCUAAACUGCAGUUAUGUUGGAUCUGAUUCACCAAAGAUCAUAUACUUGAACUUAACUUCUAGCGGCUUAUUUGGAACUAUAGCUCCUAGCAUAUCCAAUCUAAAGUCAAUAGAAUAUUUGGACUUGUCAAAUAACAGCUUGACUGGGGCUGUGCCUGAUUUCCUAUCUCAGCUACGCUUCUUGAGAGUUUUAAACCUGGAAGGAAAUAAGCUAUCAGGAGCCAUUCCAAUAGAACUUCUUGUGCAUCCAAAGAAUAGUGUGCUCAAAUUCAAUUUUGGUGGAAAUCCAAAUCUUUGCUCUUCAGGUUCAUGCAACAAGAGGAAUGGAAAUAAGGUUGUGGUUCCAUUAGUAGUAUCACUUGUAGGAGCUUUCAUGAUACUAGCAGCAGCAAUGAUUUCUUUUCGCAUAUACUACAAGAGACACCAAGCUUCCCAUCAGGUGAGCAAGGUGGGUGCUUAUUCAAGAAUAAGGCAGGAGCUAGAGUUAAAGAAACAAGAAUUCACGUAUGAAGAAGUAUUAAGCAUUACCAGAAACUUUGAAAAGGUUGUGGGGAAAGGAGCAUCAGGAACAGUCUACCAGGGCUGGAUUGAUGAUGAUACUGAGGUAGCUGUCAAAAUGCUAACUUCCUCGUCAGCCCAAGGAUACCUGCAAUUUCAAGCAGAGGCCAAACUUUUUGCUAUAGUUCAUCAUAAAUACUUGACUGGUCUUAUAGGGUAUUGUGAUGAUGGCACCAACAUGGCUCUAAUCUAUGAGUAUAUGGCUAAUGGAGACUUAUCCAACUACUUGUCAGAUAAAAACGAAAAUAUAUUGAGUUGGAAUCAGCGACUUCAAAUUGCCGUGGAUGCUGCAGAAGGAUUGGAGUAUCUGCAUCAUGGCUGCAAUCCACCAAUUGUUCAUAGAGAUGUUAAAUCUAAAAACAUCUUACUAAAUGAAAAACUGCAGGGUAAAUUAGCUGAUUUUGGGUUGUCAAAGAUCUUCCCUAAUGAAGGUGACACUCAUGUCUUCACAGUUGUUGCUGGCACGCCAGGAUACCUUGAUCCCGAGUACAAUAGACUAAGCCAGCUGAGAGAAAAAAGUGAUGUUUUCAGUUUCGGGGUAGUUUUGCUUGAGAUAAUUACAGGACAACCUGCCAUAACCAAAACUGAAGAAAAAAUCCAUAUUAUUCAAUGGGUUGGUUCCAUGCUGGUGGAAAGAGAGGUAAAGGAUAUUGUAGAUCCCAGGUUACAAGGAGAAUUCGAUAUUUCGUCUGCAACGAAAGCUUUGGAUACUGCAAUGGCUUGUGUAGCACCAGCUUCCAUCAAUAGGCCAACCAUGAAGCAUGUAGUUAUGGAACUAAAACAAUGUUUGGAAGACAAGACUAUUCAUCCGUCUGACACUAGUUACACUCAUGAGAGCAUACCUAGUGCCUUAAAUUCUGUCUCCUUUGAUAGAAUUAGUGGCGAGAGCUCUCUAGCGAGGUAA